AUGUCCUACGCCGACACGGACCAGAAACGAUGGGACAGCUAUGGGCUCACCGUGGAGCCCUUGGCCUCACAUUUGCAGUGGAUGGUUUGCCCAGGGAACCAUGAGAUUGAAAGCGACUACUACACGGGAGAUAAUUUUGUCGCUUAUGAAGCUCGAUUUGCGAUGCCUGCAGUUCAGCAGCCGAAGACCUCCCCUUCGCAGGAACAGAUGGGUUGCAAGCAUCCAUAUCCUACCACACCACACUCAGGAAGAGAUUGCACCCCCUCAGCCUUCACUGGCCACUACGACUGGGGGAAUUCCUUCUAUGCCUUUGAUGCCGGGCCGGCGCGCGUGAUCUCUCUGAACAGCUACACCUACACCCAUCCCUCCUCCGAACAAUACAACUGGUUGAAAGAAGAGCUAGAGGCCUUGGCACACAGAAGGUCACAGACUCCCUGGCUCAUCAUCAUGAUGCACUGCCCAUUCUACAACUCCAAUGCUGCCCACCAAGCAGAAGGGCAAGCCAGUUUGAUGAGGGAUUUCCAUGGCUUUGAGGACCUCUUCUACAAACACAAGGCAGCGGUGGUGAUCAAUGGGCAUGUCCAUGCCUAUGAGCGAACACAUCCUGUCUACCAGAAUGCCUCCCAAGACGGGGCGCCCACCUACUUAUGUGUCGGCGACGGAGGGAAUCGCGAAGGUCAUGCCAAAACUUAUUUGGAGCAGCCUCAAUGGUCAGCCUUUCGAGAUGGCUUGUCAUUUGGACAUGGCCGACUGGUGAUUGAGAACAUCAGCCACAUGCGUUGGGAAUGGUUUCGUAACGACCCAACCCAGUCGGAUCUUGUAGACCAAGCGAAUGCCAUCCGCCGUGCCCGGCAGUUGGCUAAUGCAGGUGCAAGCACGGUGACCGUUGAGUCAGGGUGGUAUCAGCCCUUGAAAGCAAGACCAGUUGAUGAUUCAGUCUGGAUUCUUAACCCUUACAAGCACCAAGAACCAGGACCACCUCAAAGGUCUCCAAUGAAUACCAGCCUAGUGAUCAUUGGAGUCGUCUCUGCUGUUGCUGUGGCUUUGGUCUCCGCCAUUGCUGUUGUGCAUCGCUGCCGACGUCGACGUGCCGAACCCCACGCCGAAUGUGUAGAAUCAAGCGCUGAGAUGGGAAGUGCUCGAUGA